UCGAUUGUCUUUUGUUUUCGUAGUAUUCAACAAAGUAUAAGAAAGUAUUAUUCCUUAUGCUAUGGUACCUAUUCGUGACAGAAUAUUAUUAUUUUUUACCGUGUGUGUUUGUCUGGUCAAAUAAUAAAUAGGUGCUUUUCAAACAUUCAUUUUUAAUAAUACAAAUAAUGCCUCAUCAAAUUAGUGACUGUGAAACCAAAAAGUUAUGUUUUUCUUAGUAUCAUUCAUGUGCUAUGUACAGUACUCGGCGAGAUUGCAGAAGACAUAUUAUUAUGUAUGUAUAAUACUUUAAAAAUUAUACCUUUGAAAAAUACGACACGCGAUACAUAACCACCAAACUAUUCUUGGAUGACUGGAUUAAGUACCACGAGAAAACGUACACCUCAAAACACAAUCAUCGGUCUAUAGGAGACCGGAAUACAGGUGUCGUAUACAUUCCAAGACUGACUGAUUGAGGGUACCCACGUCCAUUGAUCGAGUUCUCUUUUCUAUGUUCCAGCUGCGUACAAUACAGAUUACAGUCUACUUAGAAGGCUAACUUCAAUAUCCGACUUGUCUAAUUUGUGUUGGUUGUUGCACUUUUAUAUUAAUUAUUUUAACUCUAUUUCUGAUAUUAAUAUAUAACACUACAUUUAAAAAAUGCAUAAGUGCAUAGUUUGCGGCAAUAGAUAUGAUGACACCAAGAUCAAUCGUCCGGGAGUUAUUUAUCAUGGAAUUCCCAAAGAUGAAUGCAUGAGAAGAAAAUGGCUUAAAGUUUAUGGAAUUGAUCAUUGUUUUGAUUGGCAUCGUAUAUGUAGUGAUCAUUUUUUGGAAGAAAACUAUAAGCCAAGAAAAAAGCGAUUUUUAUUUUCAAAUACUAUUCCCCAACCUUAUAAUCGAAAUGGUUUUCCUUCUAAAUAUGCUACUCAAAGUAAUGGUGUUGAAACUGGAAAUAAUGUAAUUUUACCAAUGGAACAAAAUAUUAUAAAAGAGAAACAUAUUGGAAAUGCUGGUGUAAAUAAUUUAAAAUCACCCAGUCUUACUAGAAACAAUGAAGAUAUGAGUAAUAAAAAUUUGCCGAACCAUACUUUAAGACUUGGAGUGCGAUGUUCCGUUAAAAACUGCUUUAACAGGCUAUCAAAGAAUCUUAGUCUCUUUGGCUAUCCCAAAGAUUUCAAGUUGAGAAAAACAUGGUUAGAAAAAUUAGGAUUAAAAAACGAUCCGGCCGAUAUAGUAAUUAGUGGUAUACGAAUUUGUAGUACUCACUUUGAACUCGAUUGUUUCAAGAAUAUUAAAUUAAAGAACAGAUUAAAACCCGAUGCUGUUCCAUCAUUAUAUUUAGAUAAUGCACCUCCUGCUGCUUUGCCUGUGUCAAUUGAUGAGGCGCCUGUAUUGACGAGUACAUGUGAAGUUCAAUUCAUAAGUCAAAUGGAUAUGGAAGCUGCUGGACUGACGUCAGAAAGAAAACAAAACAAUGUAAUAGCACCUCCUGCUGCUUUAGCUGUGCCAAUUGAUGAGGCGCCUGUAUUGACGAGUACAUGUGAAGUUCAAUUCAUAAGUCAAAUGGAUAUGGAAGCUGCUGGACUGACGUCAGAUGGAAAACAAAACAAUGUAAUAGCACCUCCUACUGCUUUGCCUGUGUCAAUUGAUGAGGCGCCUGUAUUGACGAGUACAUGUGAAGAUCAAUUCAUAAGUCCAAUAGAUAGUGAAGCCGCUGAACAGACGUCAGAAGGAAAACAAAACAAUGUAAAAGAUGAUACAGAUAAUACUCCCAUGAUAAUUGACCUUACGAUUGAUGAUUCAUCUAAUAGUUCGUUGUCCAUUACCUUGGAACCAAUUGAGAAAAGAACCUCACAAUGUACUACAAUGGAUGUUUGCAAUACUGAAGAUGUACACGGGCUUAUUUUUGAAUUGUCUAAGGAAGUUGUACUUCCUAGUUUAUAUUGGAAGAGUGAACAUCUUAAUAUUGAAAAUGCAACACGGUUUUAUCAACAAAACGCUAAUGAUGUAACUGUGAAGAAAAUACAUUUUUAUAACAACCUUGUGCCAACUAUACAAAUAUAUGGCAAGGAAUAUGAAUAUAAAACGCCUAUUACAACAAUCAAAGAGUUAGACGAUCUUUUAGAAAAAAUCGAUAGUAUUGAAAAAUGUUAUGGUAGGGGUGGAUUUGUCUUUGAACAAUGUUUAGGGUAUUUUGAAAAUAGUUUAGUUAAUAUGUGUUCUGGCUGUGAAGGGUUGAUAAAAGAUCAAGAUUUGGAAAGAAUGAAAGCAAAAAUUGAAGCUAAAGACAAAGCUCUUGAAAGUCUAAGGAUUAGUAUUGCUGAAAAGCAAAAAAUGGUAUUAAAACUAAGAAAAAAAAUGGCAGAAACCAUAAGAAAUCGUCAACUUACAACGGCUUCAAACCUUUCCGCUGGACCUUCUGGAAUUUCAAAUAUUACAAAGCCAUAAAUAUUAUACAUUGUAAUUGCCAAUUUUAAGUCUAUUUAUUAGACAGUUGUAUUUUUGUUUUUGAAAAAAUUUUAAAAAUUUUAAAUAUUGAAAAUUGGAAUUCAUUGCAGCCUGUAAUAAAUUAUUUUUUAUAUGUUAAAAAAAAAUUAUCAAGUUUUUUUGAUUUUAAAGAACAAUUUUUCAUUGAAUAAUGACGUCUAUGUUCUAAAUUAUUUAUAUGCAUGUAUUUAAAUACUUUCUUUUAAUCAAAAACAAUUAUUAAUAUUAUUGUCAUUUUUAAAUUUCCUAUUAAAAAAAAAAUAUAUGAAAAAUGUGA